CAAGAAUUGGCGGUGCACACCUGGAUCAAUUCGAAGGGCAAGCCAUGGCGGCUUUCAGUGCGUUUUUGGAAGAGCAGCUCAGAGAACUACACAUGCGCAUCUUGGAAAAACAUGAGGAGCUUAUGACAGGCGUGCAGGCUCUUCAUGAAGACGAUGCCCGCUGUGGGGCUAAAACUUUGCUUGGGAAUCGAGCGAAUUCUAAGAAGAAAGAGGCUUUGUCAGUGAAUGUCGGAAGUCUUUCCGGAGCGAAUGUGCCUGGUGCAAUCGACUCUGAGGAAGUGAGCAGCUACUCUUCCAUGAGCGAGAUUUAUGACCCAAAUGGCCAAAGGCUCUCGCUCUUGAGUCGCGGUCGCAGUUUUGAAGCCUUUGGUCGUCAAUCCCACGCUGACAUCUUGCACCAACUCCAACUCCUCCAAAUGCAGCAAGUCCAGGGGCCGCCGCCUUCCACAUCAGUUCCACAAUUGCCCGAACUGCAGGUGAUACCCGCCCUUCCAGCAGUCCCGGCGCGCCUCUCCAGGACUAUUUCGGCAAAGCCGCGCCGAUCCUCUCUUUUGCAGUGUCCUGACACAGGCUCCAGCUCAAUUCUCAGCGACCUGGGGAUCAUUCCAAGGGUGCGCCGGAAGUCUGAUGUGGCGGCGCCUGGCAUUCCUGCUCGAGAGGAGCCUUUGGCUGGAAAGUGGCAGCCGCUCCCCUUGAAGGACACGCCGUUAGACCGAGUUUCAGAAAACUCUGAAGCAAAAUCCUUGGGCCGAAGAUCUUCCAAGGUGCUCAGGGCUGAGAAUGUGGGAGAAACGUGGCUUUCAAACCCACAAACGAAGGAUAAAGCCGAGUCAGCUUGGAAAGAAGAGGAGGAUGCCCCUCAUCAUUCCAAAACACUCAUGCCAAGGCACUGUUCCAAGGAAUCUGCAAAGCGUUCCUUCUUCUCCGGGAUCUUCCGCACAGAAACUGACUUGGAACUCCAGGGCCCAGGUUGUGAACCUCUUACAAAUGACUUUGGCUAUGAGUUUGAGCUUCUGGAUUGCUGGCACAGAUCAGACAAGCAUUCAGCAAAGGUGACAAGAUUCCACAGAUUGGUGACCCGCUCGUCAUUGUCCAAGUACCUGGGCUCAUCCGUCAACGAUGAUUCUGAAGAUUCGGAAGUCGUUUUCGUCAUAAAGCCCUUUUCAGCAAAGAAGAUUGCGUGGGACAUUGUAAUUUUUGGAGUUGUGCUACAUGAUGGAGUUGUGCUUCCUUUACAGCUUUUGGGCAUCCAAAUCUAUUUGUCCAGAAUGUUGGGGUGGCUUUUCGCAAUCAUUUGGACUAUCGAUGCAGUCACAUCCAGCUGCAUUUCCUACGAGCGUCUUGACGGAACUUGGGAGACACGAUUGUCCCGCACGUUCCGCAAGUACCUCACAGGUUUCUUCCUGCCAGAUGUAGUGCUUGCCAUACUGAGCUGGGUUGAACUCUUCGUAUCGUCCCAGACAUUCCAGCUUGUGCGCAUCCUGAGACUCGCACGCUUGUGGCGGAUUGAGGCCAUUCUGCAGCUCAUUUCGAACAAUAUCCGAUCUGAACGUGCUGUAUUGUGUAUUGGCAUAUCAGGCAAGAUCUUGUGGCUGAUGGUCUUCUUGCAUUUCAUGGCAUGCUUUUGGGUCGCGCUUGGGCGCCAAGAUGGGGGCUGGGUCACAGUACACCGGCCUGGCGCCAGUGAUGUGGAGCAGUACAGCGUAGCUUUUCAUUGGGCGUUGGCUCAGUUUCAUGGGACGAUGGAGUUGUUUCCCUACACACUGGAGGAACGGAUUUUUGCAUUUACCUAUCUACUUUUGGCAUACCUGCUGGCAGUGGUCUUCAUUUCGUUCAUCACAUCAGCCAUGACCAGGUUGCACCUCAUCACAGGUGUGCAAGCGGCUCAUCAGAGAGUGCUCCGGUGGUUUCUUAUCGACAACGGGAUUUCCAGGCAACUUACCGCUCGCAUUUACUCCAACUUGAAAACCACUCUGACUGUUCAGCAGCACGCAGUGCCUGAAUCGGAGGUGGAAUUCUUGGAUUUAGUCUCUGAGAAUUUGCGCAUGGAGUUGCAUUGUGAGAUGUAUGGCCCUAGCAUUCGCCAUCAUCCGCUUUUUGAGCCGAUCAACACACAGUUGGUAAAACAGCUAUGCCACACAGCCAUCACUUUGGCAAUUGUCUCGUAUGGCGACCUGGUGUUCAUUCAAGGAGAAGUUCCGGUGGAGCCGCGCAUGGUGUUUGCCAACGAGGGUGGCCUCAUGUACUUUCGCAGUGGGAGGUAUGAACCCAUCCCAGUGCAUCAUGGGCAGCAUGCGGCUGAGCCAGUGCUUUGGACAGACUGGCUUCAUCAUGGAACACUUCGUGUGGCAAGUCUUCGAGCAAGGCUGCUGCUGCUCAACGCCAGCCGCUUUCAAGAGCUGGCUGUGAAGAAUACAAGCCCUGACGUGGAUUUGUUCGCCUAUGCGUCCGAAUACGUGCGGCAAUUCAACGAGCUGGACCCUUUGGACCGACAUGACCUUUGGGAUGGGAUGGACUUGUCCCAACUUUGAAGCUGCAGCUAUGGGGGCUUUGGCGAGUUGUAUGUUUAGGAGGUAGGUUGCAGUUAGUGGGAGUUUACUUUUUGUGGGAUUUGACGGAAAGUCAGUCAACGUAUGUUCGUGCA